AGCUGCGGUGACCAUGGUUGUUUCUGAAGGUACAUGUGGAUUGGAUGACUUUAGUUGAGGAGUUUGUGUGGUACCAGAAACAACGAAAAGCGUGGGUCACCGGUCAGGUCACCGAAAUGUUUUGGACAUCAGUAGUUCAACGAGGCUGUGUAGGACUUCUCCGCUGCUGGUCCCUGACAGUCAGCCCCAGGACUCUCACAAAUGUACGGUGCCCUCUUCUUACUUUCCGGUCUUUCUCCAGUUCUGCCUCCUUGUUUGCAACGCACGAGGAGGUCAAACCGUCUCCUCUGCGGCAGUGGGCUCUGGUCGUGAGCCCGUUCGCCACAGUGCGAGCCCAUUUAGACUGCAACAUUUCCAUCCGCCCGCUGGACCCGCACGCCUACCCCGAGGCUGAUCGAGCCUUCAUCACAGUCCACGGGGCUGACACUGAGCAGGAGGUAUGUCUGGACCACUUACACGUGCACUAUGACGAGAAGAGCAAAGAGCUGCUGAUCUCAGCUGAGAAGAUAAGCAGCGACGUGUCGAUUACGAUGGAUGCACCUAUCAAAAGUAACCUCUUCAUCACUGCUGGAGGAAAAGGCAGCGUGCAAGUGAAGAAAAUGGAGUGUGAUAUCUGCAAAGUGCAAACUAACGAAGGUAACUGUUUACUGCACUCUGUUAAGGGUCAUCAUGUUGAGGUGCAAUCCCACGGAGGGAAUAUUACAGGUGUGGGUACAAUCCAUGGCAAUGUGGACAUAAGUGCAAAAGGAGACAGUGAGGUGAAUGUUAAGAAGCUCCAGGGCACUGCAAUGAAUGUUUCAACCGAGAAUGGCCCUCUGAAGGUCAAAGCUAUCUAUGCCGAGUCCAGCUGUGUCUCCUCCUGCUCCGGGAGAAUCGAACUGGGGCAUGUACAUGGCAACGCUACAGUGAAAAACAUGUCUGGAGAUACAGUUAUAGAUGGUUCAAAUGGUUUCCUGAAGGUUUCCUCCUACAGCGGAGUCAUUGAUGUCUAUGUGGGAGAUGGCGGCUCCGCUGAACUCCAGAGUCAGGAAGGAGCCUUGAGUGUGCGUGUACCAUCCUCAUUAAGAGCUGGUGUGGAACUCUGUGGAGUGUCGGUGGAUAUCAGCCCAGAAGUCGUUCUGCAUGGAGUAGAAAAUGACACCACUGAUGGAUACACCACACUCACUGGCUUUAUCAAUGGAGAGUCUCCAGUGGAGCAGUGGGUUAAAGCCCGGGCAGACAGAGGUUCUGUCAGACUGAGAACACAAAGCUGGUUCGACUCACUAAAACUAGGGAGCUGAGUGACAGGAUUUCUUUGUUCAUAAUGUUGUCACUGCAUUGGGACUUAAAAUUUAAAUUCAAAUUCAGGUUUUACUACAACCUGUUCAGCUGAAUGUUAUUCGAUGAAUUAUUUAACUCAGGAUAUAUUGUGUGUAUAUAUAAUGAAGAAAGAGAAAUUUAUUCUAAUGUGUUUUUUUUAAUGGUGUGCUUGUGUUAAAAUCACUGUAUGUAUGAUGCCCCACAUAUGUAUCCCAUUGAAUUUGGGAGACAUACUGUACUCUAUGUGCUGGUUUGACAUCAAGUGUCAAAUUAUUUAAGUGAUUGAGUGUAAGUAUAUUUAAGUUCCCACAGAGAACUUCUUUAUGAUAUUUCUUGAAUAGUUAUUGUAUUUAAAGUCUUAACAACAGUAUGGAAUAGUUACU